AUGGCCGCCCUUAAUUCCCAGAAGCUUACUCCUACCGAGGAGACUGAGGUUCAACAAUGGAUCACCACUUCGGAACGGCUAAGGAGCUCGCCAUCGGAUACAUCAAUCCUUGAGAAGCUUAACUCUCACCUGACCUCCCGAACUACUCUUCUCGGCACUAAGCCCUCUAAGGCUGACAUCGCUAUCUACGAGUCCCUGGCUCCUACCGUCAAGUCGUGGACCCCUGAGCAGCGAACCGGCGAACAAGGUCACCCUCAUAUCCUCCGCCACCUCGACUUUGUCCAGAACUCGGGCGUCUUUGGCCUGAAUGUCAACGAUACGGACAAGAUCAAGGUUGAUCUUGACGAGGUCCUUUAUGUCAAGCCGCCCGUCGACGCCAAGGCUGAGAAGGAGCGCUUAAAGAAGGAGAAGGCUGCCGCUGCUGCUGCUGCCGCCGGUGGUGAUGGCGGGGUUGCUGCGACGUUAGUUGACCGAACGAAGGCAGCGGCUGAGGCUGUCAAGGAUGCAGCCGUUGAAGCUGGUAGCAAGGCUGCAGCCGCAGUGGGCGUUGCCACCGAGAAGCCCAAGAAGGAGAAGAAGGAGAAGGCUCCCAAACCCCAAAAGGCUCCGGCCGUUACUACGCCCCCGUCGCCCCAUCUAAUCGAUCUCCGAGUGGGUCACAUUCUGAAGGCUAUCAAGCACCCGGAAGCCGACAGUCUGUUUGUUUCUACGAUUGCCAUGGGCGACAAGCCCGGCACCGAGGAUACCACCGAGUACGAAGGCCAGGUCUGCAGGACUGUCUGCUCCGGGCUGAACGGUCUGAUUCCUCUAGAAGAGAUGCAAAACCGCAAGGUUGUCGUAGUCGCCAAUCUGAAGCCCGUCAAGAUGCGGGGAAUUAAGUCAUGCGCUAUGGUCCUAGCCGCGUCACCGAAGUUGAAGGAGGGCGAGGUAGAUGAUCACAAGGGACCCGUUGAGUUAGUCACUCCACCUCCCGAUGCGAAGACCGGUGAGCGCGUGUGCUUUGACGGAUGGAGGGGCGAGCCUGAGGGUGUUCUCAACCCCAAGAAGAAGGUCUGGGAGACAUUCCAGCCCGGAUUUACUACAACGGAUAGCUUAGAAGUUGCUUUCGACGGUCACCUAGUUAAGGAGGCGGGUAAAGAAGAAAUUGGAAAGCUGACUACGGCUAGUGGAGGUGUAUGCACAGUCCCAAGUUUAAAGGGGGCUACAGUACGAUAA